AGUCCGUUAUAUCCACUUUGGUUUCAUCGAAUCAAAUCAAUCGCGGACGCCCAGCUGCUGCUGUUGCAUCUUCUCCACUCUUCUGGCCUCUCCUCCGGCGGAUCCCGCAAUCUCCCCCAAUGGCGUCGUCCUUCGGAUCGGCGGCCGCCUCCGUCACGGAGAAUGCUCACAAAUCGUCCAAUUAUCUGCCGCUUUGCCACCGCCAUUUCUUACUUCGCUCCAGUUCCAACAAGGUUUCGUUCCGCCUUGCUAGUAGGCCUAAACUCCGCUUCUCAUCCAAGAUUUACCUCUCUCAGGGCUUUCAAUCUGGUUGGAACAGUUCGGCAGUGGUAAAAGCUCAAUUGAAUCAGGUUGCUGCAAAUGAAUCAUCAAAGGCUGCAGCUUCAGCUCCUACCGAAUCGGAAGCAUCAAAGGCCCAAGUAAAGGAUGUGAAGUUGGCAUCAGAAGAAUCAAUAUCUGAAUUUAUUACACAAGUUUCGAGUCUUGUCAAGUUGGUUGAUUCCAAAGAUAUUGUGGAGCUGCAGUUGAAACAACUUGACUGUGAAAUCUUAAUACGAAAAAAAGAGGCCUUAACUCCAUCUCCACCUCCUCCCGCUGCAUAUGCCCAAUCUCUACCUCAGCCUGCAGCACUGCCUCCAGUUUCACAACCAUUUUCGGCGCCAACUGCUGCACCUUCUCCAUCACCUACUCCGGCUCCUUCUGCAGCUCCUUCUCCACCCAAAGCUCCACAAUCUAGCUCAUCUCAUCCCUCUCUUAAAUGUCCGAUGGCGGGAACAUUCUACAGAAGUCCAGGACCUGGAGAACCACCUUUUGUUAAGGUUGGAGAUAAAGUAAAGAAGGGUCAGGUUCUAUGCAUUAUUGAGGCGAUGAAAUUGAUGAAUGAGAUUGAAGCUGAUCAGUCUGGAACAAUUGUCGAGAUCCUUGUAGAUGAUGGCAAAUCUGUCAGUGUCGACAUGCCUCUCUUUGUGAUCGAACCAUAGAUGAUCAGAUGAAGCCAAAAAGGUGCUCAGGAGUAGAAUGCUUUUCACCUUAGAGAUGUCGUGAGUUGCAAAUUUUUAUUACUUUCCCUUGAUAUGGUUUUCCGUGGAUGAGAUCUACUUAGAACUCGAAACAGAAUCGGCUUCUGUUGGUAUAUUUUCCUGAUCAAAUCCCGAGUAUGCUGGAGUUGUUUUUUAUUUAUGGCUACGGAUGCUAGUUAGUGUGCUUAAUUUCUUAACUGUGCUUUAUACAUCAUGUGGCAUUUAUAGUUUAUAGAUAAUUCCCUGUGUAAUUGGAAGUUUUGUUGGUAUUGUUUUAAAAUGUUUUGGACCAA